AUGAAAGUAGUUCAAAAUCCAACACAAUAUUUCUUUGAAUAAUCAAACAAUCCACCAACUGAAUAUUUAUCAAAGAUCAAUGAAUUUGUCAGCAAAUUGCUUAAUCAAAGAUAAUGCAUUUUAUGCAAGAAUGAUUACAAUAUGAAAGACAGGUUGCCAAGAAUAUUGAUUCAUUGUGGACAUACAAUUUGCACAGCUUGUCUCACCAAUUUUUACAGAAAUAGAAGAGUAAGAUGUCCGCUCUGUUUAAAAUUAAUUAAGCAUCUUGAUUCAGUUGAUAGAUUACCAAUUAAUCAUACUAUUUUCACUAGAAUGGCUGACGAUAUAAACAAUAAGAGCAAAUAACAUGGGGGAACAGAAGUCAUAGAUCCACAAUAAUAUUUAUUUACACAAUUCCAAUAAUCAGCAUUAUAAUCACAAAAGGCACGUUAAUAACAAUAAAAUGCAUAUCCUUAAGUGGAUCCAGAUUCAGGAUUGGAGUUUUGUGAGUUUCAUAAUGAUAGAGUGAAACAUUUCUUUUGUAUGAAACAUAAGGUGACCUGUUGCAGAGUGUGUUCAGAGAUGAUUCAUUCAAAGAAAGAUUGCAUUGUGGUGGAUUUAUAUGAAAUUGAAGAUGUGCCUUAGUUUUUGAAGGAAGCUUACAAAUUGAAUGAGGAUAAUGCAUAAUAGUAAAAUCAAAGAAGAGAAGAUAUGGGUUUCAUUUAGGAUGGAGAAGGAAAUGAUGGUGACAACUAGUUUAAUGAUGAUGAUUUGGAAGAUGAAUUUGAGGGAAACAGCGUUCAGAGCAUAUGAAUAUUUUAAAUAUUAAUAGUCAUUUAUAUCUAUAGUUUUGAAUCUAUUGAA